UUAAAUGGCCACGGUAAUAAUUCACCAUCCGAAGCUGGCGAAAUUGAGAAAAUAAAUGUAUAAAAUAUAAUGCAAGGAGAGGGAAGCGUGAGAAAAGAGAGAGUGAUGUGACGGCUGUAACCUGAGAAAACUCCAUCAUCAGGAAUUAAGAAGCCCCAGGCACUCCCACUGCGGCACUGCCCCCUCUUGCUCUGCUCACCAUAAACAUAAAGCUACUGCUGCCAUCAAGCAUCUGCUCCUCAAGCUAAAGUUUUGAUUCUUAGGAAUUGGCUGGAAGAAGAAUUUAGAAACGAACUUCAUGUAGUUUGUUGUCCAAUUGCUGCAUUUUCCGUCUCUUUGCUGCGGUUUGUGUGGCGUAACAGCUAGAAAUAGAAGGCGUAAAGGUGUUGUUUUUCUUUCACUUUCUGUGUCUUGGUUUUUUGUUUGGGUCAUUUUGUUGGUCGAGUGGCAGUGUACUGGCUCGGCGCGCCGCUACGCACGCGAAAUGGCCCUCGCUUUGCGGUGUUUUAAGGAGAACCAUACGAGUUCGUCUUUGGCGCUCGCUUGAAGGAGAUUUCGAGGUGUUUGUUGGGGGCUCCUUUACAAAGGAUGCUGCCGCAGAAGCAUGCAGAGGAAGCUGCCAUUGCCGCAGAUGGCAUUACUAUUCUUGACCAGGAGCCGGGCGGCGCCAAAGAAGGUGACGCCGAGCCCUCUGCCGGAUUCAGCUUGAAGAGCCUCCUCUGGCACGGCGGCUCCUCCUGGGACGCCUGGUUCAGCUGUGCUUCCAAUCAAGUGGCGCAGGUGCUGUUGACGCUGCCCUACUCGUUCUCGCAGCUGGGGAUGGUCUCCGGCGUGAUCCUGCAGCUCUUCUACGGCUUCAUGGGAAGCUGGACCGCCUACCUCACCAGCGUCCUCUACGUCGAGUAUCGCACGCGGAAAGAGAAGGACAACGUCAGCUUCACCAACCACGUUAUCCAGUGGUUCGAGGUGUUGGACGGGCUGCUGGGACCGUACUGGAAGGCCGCCGGACUCGCUUUUAACUGCACUUUCCUCCUCUUCGGCUCCGUCAUUCAGCUCAUCGCCUGCGCAAGCAACAUCUACUACAUCAACGACCAGUUCGACAAGAGGACAUGGACUUACAUAUUUGGGGCCUGCUGCGCCACGACUGUGUUCAUCCCCUCCUUCCACAACUACCGGAUUUGGUCCUUCCUCGGCCUCGGCAUGACCACUUACACCGCCUGGUACCUCACCAUCGCUGCCGCCGUCCACGGGCAGGUGGAAGGCGUGACCCACUCAGGUCCAAAGAAGCCGGUUCUCUACUUCACUGGCGCGACCAAUAUCCUCUACACCUUCGGCGGUCAUGCCGUUACUGUGGAGAUCAUGCAUGCCAUGUGGAAGCCGCGAAAGUUCAAUUACAUUUACCUUCUAGCUACACUAUAUGUUUUCACCCUCACAUUGCCGUCGGCGGCUUUCAUGUACUGGGCAUUUGGCGAUGAGUUGUUGUCUCACUCCAAUGCCUUCUCACUAUUGCCCAAGUCAAGGUGGAGAGAUGCUGCAGUUAUUCUCAUGCUCAUCCACCAGUUCAUUACCUUUGGGUUUGCUUGCACCCCUCUUUAUUUUGUUUGGGAAAAGGUAAUCGGCAUGCAUGAUACGAAGAGCAUGUGCCUGCGAGCCAUCGUACGCCUCCCAAUUGUUAUGCCGAUUUGGUUCCUAGCCAUCAUCUUUCCUUUCUUUGGGCCUAUCAACUCCGCCGUCGGUGCCCUCCUUGUUAGCUUCACUGUCUACAUUAUUCCUGCUUUGGCGCACAUCAUCACCUAUUGGACAUGGUCUUCACGACAGAAUGCUGCCGAGAAACCGCCAUUUUUCCUACCUAGCUGGACCGCCAUGUUCCUAGUGGACUCCUUCAUCAUCGGGUGGGUGCUCGUGGUUGGGUUUGGGCUUGGUGGGUGGGCUAGCAUGACUAACUUUAUUCGGCAAAUAGAUACAUUCGGCCUCUUCGCCAAGUGCUACCAGUGCCCCAAGCCCCACCCUGAGCCAGCCCUUGCACCGGAACACCACUGAGCCGGGCGAAAUGGAUAAGAAGAUAUCAGUCGUACUGCUUUCUUCCGCAAACUAAAUUAACCUUUGGUUGUUUGUUUCUUUUCUCUAUAUAGAAAGUAGUACUUGUGAGGAAAAAGAAUGAAUUUAAGGUGCCUCUCGUGCCCUCCGACAUUAAUUUGUUGAAUGAUUCACAUCGUGUUAUUUUUUUUCUUUUUCUUUUCCAUUUGU